AUGAUCGUCCUAGAUCGUCCUCAAGUUGCUGCAGCAAAUAUCCAUACUCGGACAGAUGUUAGGAUACACGUAACUAGGUUUCGGGAAGUGUUAAGUUACUUUCACAAUAUAUUGCCUCAAGACGGUGUCGAUGCUGGAAUCUCCUACUUGACUGCCAUAUCUGGCGAGAAUGUCGAUAUAGCAACUUUAAUGGAGACAAAGACACCUAAAAAGAGCAGUGGCAAGAAAAAAAAUGUACACAACGCACCAUCUCCUUCUCGUGCAGCAGCAAACGCUGACGAGACUGCCAAUCCAUCAAUCAAACAUCCCUUUCAUGACUAUGAAUUCGAUGAUAUACCAACAUCCUCCCUUGAACAUGCUGUACCAGAUGGCGUCCGAUCACCUACUAUACCUCAUCAACGUCGAAUGAUGGGCGGCCUUACAUAUCUAGUAGCAACCUCGCUAGAAAACGAACAAUUGCACAUAACUUGCUCAGCAUCCGCUCUUUCCAUAAACAGCUCAACCGAUACAGUCUUUAAUCCAGCUCCAGCAUUACCGAAAUCGCAUCACUGGCAUACACUUCCUGGCAUGUUAUCGUCCGCAUCUCCAUUAUUUGCAUCGCAUUUUACUAUAUUGCAAGAAAUCACUGCUAAACGUCAUCCAUUCGAAAUCAUGUUGGUGGCUUCCAACGUCGUAUCUCAUCCUUCGUGUGUAAAGUCUCGACCACACUCUGCUGAUUCAGCUAGAACUCUAGAUGUGUAUAUGUCAGCUACUGAUGCGAUGGAACUGUGGGGCGCUCGUGAUUGGAAUGAAGAUAUUCAAAGUAGUCGGGAGUUGCCACAUUCUACACCACAGGCAAGUUUUACAAACAAGAAAAGAGGUGAUGAGCGUAUAAUAAGAGACGCCACAUCCACCAAACUACAUGUUGAAUUCGUUGAUGCUGCCAUCAAAGGUGCCUUGGCUAUUGCCAAAAAGGCCCUACAGCCAAUCAAUCCUCAAGAGCCUGAAUCCCAUCAAAUAUUCAUCCACGAAAACAUCUUCUUCUCUGCUGGUGCAGAUGCUGAUCGUAGACUGGAAAGCUUUGGAGGCUCAGAAGCAGCCCACGUCACUAUAUCAAAAGACGUUGAUGGUGUCCGUGUAUUGAACUCGAGAGAAAUUGAAGGGUGUUAUACACUAGAGAGUGCAUUGAUUGACUAUGCUGGUCGUCGUAUUCUCGCUCAAACAAUCAUACCUGGCCUGCUACGUAAAAGUCAGCAGCAGCAGAAUGCAGUCACGUAUGGUGCGGUCGAUUCUGGUAAAGAGAUUGCCAGCGAUCCAAAGUUCCAUGAAUUGGCUCAACGAGUUGCUACCGAUUUGCAUCUGGUCGAACAUGUCGUUGAAGACGGGGAUGGCAAGUCGCAUUCGUUAUGGACGUCAGUAGAUACUAAAGGAAUUUUGGGUAAUGAUGGUCGCAUGUACUUGCUGGACUUGUAUCGAUUGACAGCAGUGGGUUGUGAAUUCUUGGAAAGAGUCGAGAAGGAAGCUGCUGAGAACCCAUAUCCGCACAAGAUGGUGUUCUUACGUCAUGAGCUCAUUGAAAACUUUAUGGAGUUUAAAGUUAGAGAGUUCUUGUUGGCUAAUCGUCCUCAACUUGAGGCAGAAUUUGCUGCAGAAAAGGCAGAAAGGGCCAAUGCUGUAGAAAAUGAUCCAGUUGAAGCCAUUGGAAAUGGUCAUGCUGUCGAAAAUGGUGUCGAUUCAUCAAGAGCAAAUGGAUCAGAUGAGAAUGGUGUCGCUGAGACUGAGCAAAAUGGAACAAAGGAUUCUUCAGAUAAGAGGUCAUUGAGGCUGAAAAUGAAAUCGUCCGUCAAGCUUCCAAGUACAUCACUGACCAAAUGA